CGGGGCGGGAGCGGCGCGCCGGGCUGGCGGCUGCUCGGGCGGCGGGAUGGGGCGGAGGGCGCAGCCCGGCAGGCAGCCGGCCCCGCCGCCCCGGCAGCCGGCUCCCUGAGGCACCUCGGCCCGCCGCUGGAAAUGAACCCAGCAAGUAAUGUGAAGGGCCAUGUGAAGCUCUGUCAUAGCAGAAAUUUUCUAAAAGAUUGCUUUACCUAGCUGAGCUUGGCAAAGCAAGGAUAUGAACAAUUAUAGAGGUGGGCUACUCAGGGGGAGUGAAGAUAUAAGGCAUCCAAACAGGUAUUGGCAACCUGCAGCACUGUAAAAAUGCCCCUCCAACAGAUUUCUGUAGUUCCAGCGCGGGAGACUGCCAGCAAUGGGAGAAGUUCAAUGGGCAGAAACAAAGAGAAGAGCAAGGAAGUCGAGAAUGACAAAUCCCCAGGGCGUUCCACAAGUCGAUCAAGUAACAUUUCAAAGAUGUGGCUGAAAUCUAUGCCAAAAAGCCAGGAUAUACAGGAGGCAAGCAGUCCUACAACAGGAACAGCUCCCAGGAGUCAGUCACGGCUGUCUGUCUGCCCUUCCACUCAGGACAUUUGUAGAUCUACUACCUUGCAUGAUUUAUCAGAAGAUGAGCUUGAACAUGCAACCCCUGUCAUGGUGCUGGCCCCUUCUAAUAGGGAGUCUGGUAAGAAACAAGUAAAAAGAAGGUUUAGGCGGAAAAGAGAGCCCGGAGACUAUGGUGAGCAUACAGAAAAGCAAGGAAAGGGGAAAGACUGUAAAUUGCAUCCUAAGCCUGCAAGAUCCAGCUGGAAUGCAUCUGAUUCAUCAUCAUCUUCAGAUGAGAGUCAGUGGGCUCAGGCUAGGAGGAGAGCAAGAGAAAAGGCCAGAAUGCCCAGGAGAGGGAGAAGGAACAAUAGAUCAUGCAGUAACCAGGAUGAGUCCUCUAACAAUAAUGCUGUUGAACUUGUCACCUUGGGGACAAUGGAGAAAAAGAAGCAAGAGGUAUCUGACCCUGAGAAUCCUACUUUAAAUCACCGCCGAAGAAGGGUUCCAAGGCUUAAGGAAUCACAGUCUUCAGCGUCAUCUCGGGAAGCAAGGAUUUCCUCAAGAAAAUGUGGGAAAAGUAAAGGGAAAAACUACUACAGAGAUCAGCGGCCUGUGUCUUUGCUUAGACACGAUAAAGUUUCGAAGGACUGCUUUGCAGAGGCAGGCUCUGGCAGUGAUGCUCUGGCAGUCCCAGAUAACGGAGGACCUGCUGGGGCAGGGUCCAGUGUGACUGAUGCUGUUCAGAAGCCUCCAGUGUUGUAUGAUGACUGGUCUGAUGAUUUAGAAGUAUGCAGGAUCUGUCACUGUGAGGGAGAUGAUGAAAGUCCCCUCAUCACACCAUGUCGCUGCACAGGGACCCUGCGCUUUGUUCAUCAGGCCUGCCUCCACCAGUGGAUUAAGAGCUCAGACACACGCUGUUGUGAACUCUGCAAGUACGACUUUAUAAUGGAGACCAAGCUCAAACCUCUUCGGAAGUGGGAGAAACUACAGAUGACAACAAGUGAGAGGAGGAAAAUAGUUUGUUCGGUCACGUUCCACAUAAUUGCAAUUACCUGUGUUGUUUGGUCACUGUAUGUUUUAAUUGAUAGAACCGCUGAGGAAAUUAAACAAGGCAAUGAUAACGGUGUCCUUGAAUGGCCAUUUUGGACAAAACUCGUUGUGGUGGCCAUUGGAUUCACAGGGGGCCUGGUCUUCAUGUACGUGCAGUGUAAGGUUUAUGUUCAGCUGUGGCGCAGGUUGAAAGCCUACAACAGAGUGAUCUUUGUUCAGAACUGCCCAGACACCGCCAAAAAACUGGAGGAGAAGAACUCUUCGUGCACUCAGACCUCGGAUGUCAAGGAUGCAGUGGUGGUGCCAGUAGCACAGACAGGUACAAACUCUCAGCUGGCAACUGAAGAAAUGACAUCUGAGGUCAUGCCAGUUUGACAGAGCCAGCAUUGUUUCUUCCUUGCAGAAUAAGGCGUAGUGUUUUCUACACUACAAAUGCUAAAAGAGAGUAGAAAUGACUGUGCAUUUUUUUUUCAGUUAAAAAAAAAAAAAACACACACAAAAACCAAAACCCUACAAGGAAAACGGAUCCAGCGAAGCAACUUGUUACUGUAUGGAAUGUGACCGUUCGUGAAGUAGUUUCUCAACUAGUCAGCAAGUGUAGUGAAAGUGGAAGUGUAGAAAGUGCAAUAGAGAACAGGUUUAACAGACAAUGCCAAACCAAGGUGACAAGAGUACUUUUUUUUUUUUUUUUUUUAAAUUGGAUGGCUGGGAAAGUAGAAACAGACCUGAUAUAAUCAUUUUGUUUACAGAAAACAAAAACCUUUCAUCUGUUUACUACUAAAAGUUGUAUCUGCUAUUUAUCUUCUUAACGAUACACUUCUAAAGGGUAUCAAUCAAGUUAUAUGCAUUAACUGAAUGAAAGUGUAAAGAGCGAGCUGUAUCACAGCACUAACUCUCUAAGCAUCAUAUGGUAACACACGUUCACGUGACUGCAGUGGAGCCUGAAUGUUUGGGCAGCUGUGUCAACUAAGGAUAUUUGAAACAUUUGAAGGGUAGCAUUGUUUUUAAAUAUGCCUGAAUUUUUGAAAAGUAAGCAAUUCCUACCAGUAUAAACUCAUGUCUCCAUAAGCAACAGAUUUUUUUAAGCAUAGCUGUCAGCAAAAUAAGUACAGGAAGGAGAGAAUGUGUAGAUAUGCAUUUAGAAGAGCAGCUCAGCUGUUUAUUUUACUUUGUAAGAGUGAAUUAGACACAAAUUGGAUACACAAAGUUUUGAGGCAGAACUAUAAAUGAAAAAAAUGCAGUUUACUGCAGAAUCACACAGAAUUAAAUUGCAUAUUAUUAAAGGUCUGAAAAAGGAUGAUACAUAGGGAAGAUGGAAGCCAUUUUUUGUUUUAAGAUUCAUGAUGCAGAAAGGUAGACGUAAGACAAUAUACCUACAUAUCUUAGGAGAACAUUAGUUUUUAUCUCCUUGUUCUGAAAAGUUAGUUUUUAUCUUUCUGACUGAAAAAAUAAAUCAAUCGUUUCCCUCUGUACAGAUAAACUUGAGGUGUUAGAGAUUCAACAGUUCAGUUGUUAACUUCGUGUUUUGAGCAUUCUCAUAUAAAAAUGAAGUGUGAAUAGCAUUAAAGGGUGCAAUAGAUAAAUGAAUGUAGAUAUAAUACUGUGUCCAGCAGGGUGAAUUAUAUAUAAAGAACCAAUUUUGUGAUUCAGUUCUCAUACCUGUGAUGUUUACCAUCAGGACACAACAGCAGGUAUUGACUUGGAAUAGUUAUGUACUGGCAUAGACAAGUCUGGGGCCUGAAUGUAAUGUAUAUUUAAAAAAAAAAAGUUAAAAGUUCUUUUUUGAUCUUGUAUUUAGGUAAAGGAGGAAAAGCAAACAAGCAAAUAAAGAACCAAAGUAAAGAGGAUAGGAGAGCACAGGUUGAUUCAAAGGGGGAAAUCUGCCACAAUUACAAGCGAACUAGACUUCUACAGAAGCCUUGCAGUUUCUAAUGGUAAAUUUCCCCUUUACACACUCAAAUAUCUACAGUUAAAUAACAGAAUCAUCCCAUUCUUGCAAAUAUCCAGGGUGCUAGGCCUAAGACGUAUUGGAGUUUAUAUAUUAGGCAUUCCUUUGUGAAUGUGUUUACUGGCUUAAGGAUCAGGGAAUACUGGAAGUAGCAGUAUUAGCAAGAAAUGUGUCUUUUAUCAGACCAUUAUGUUCUUUUGUAUUGGAAUUGCUCAUGUAAUUUGGCUGUGACUAAGUGACUGUCAUCUGGCUAGACAAGACACAAAAUCUUGGUGCUUGAACAGGCCCUAAAUAUAUAUAAUAUUUGCUCUCAGUUACUCCAGGUGAGUUGGAUUAAUGUUUAAGUUUUUUCACAUAAAGACACACACUUUUCAUAUAAAGUAACUUUCCAAUUAUACAAUUGUGAAUUGGAAUUGUAGCAGCUUCUCAUUUGAAAUGACAUAUAAGAUAACCAAAUCAUUUCUCUGUUUAUCAUUGUGGAGAUUUCAGAAGGUCUUCAGAAAAUGAUGACAAUACUAAGGAAUGCCUCAUAACUGUACAUGUUUAAGACAGUCUGCAAAGGCAUGGUUUCUAAAAGUGUAAAUCUACUUGCUAAAAAGCAAACCUCAUGACAUCUGAAGUUAAGACACUUAAAAUUACUAGCCACAUCUAAAUGUUUGGAAUGAUGUUUACAAUAAAACCUGAUGAAUCAUAGCAAAACUGACUGACAAGGAACAUAAUUAUCUUCCAUAAUAAAGAGCUUUCUGAAAUCAUCAGAAAGUUUCUUACUAAGUGACAGUAGCCCUGCUUCUUUAGCCAGCUUGUUCUUUGACCUGCUGUAGCAUCAUGACCCCAUUGAAAGUACUUUAUCCCCUAUUUUGACAGUUUACUGGAGACUAAUUCACAUUUUUUUCUUGAGCAAGUAUAAAAUUCAACUCAAAGAAAAAAAAUACCUGAGGCUUCCGAAAGCAGAUUUGUAGCAUCCAACAAGAUUACUGUACAUUUUUAAAAAUACACUGAAGAGUCGGCAACAGAACAGACAACUUGCAAAAUUUUAUACUAACAACUUCAAAACACUAUUCUGGCACUCACCUCAACUACAUGUACAACUGAGCUUACAGUUACUUAAAUAUAAGAACGGAGAAGGACUUGAGUUUAAAUUCCUCCUCUCCCUUUGAAAUGUUAAUUUGGACGGCAGGAAAAGGAGCAAAAUGGGACACUCUCUGCUGAGACAGACAAUGAGACAACUCAGCAGCAAGAGAGAUUACAGCAGGCUUGAAGCAGUCUUUAACCUUUUAAAGCAUUACAGUAUUAGCCCGUGCAUCCCUUUCUCUUCUUAGGUGCACUAGAUAUUCUAGAGCUUUCAGGGAUUUCAUGCGGCAUUGGAAUUUGUUUCUGAAGCAGGGUGCAACCUCUUCAACAGGGCAAGAAGCUGUUCACACCAACAUGCCUUGGAUACAGGUCUGCAUGAAUAAGGAAGGUGCACUAAUACAGACACUAGACAGCUGCUUAUCAACCAAUGUUUUUUCAUUCCCAUACAAAGCACAAUUUUCUGUAUCAAUUUAAUAAGCACAGGAUUCUAUCCUGCAAAAACAGUAUACUGAAAGUUUUAAGAUACAUUCUAAGACUUUUUAAUGAAAAUGAUGUAUCAAAUAAAGAUCCGUAUCAAACUGCCGAUGUAGCCACAGUGCACCUCAGACAAAUACACUGAUGGUGGAAUUUAGCCUGGCUAAGCCCACAAAGGCAGAACCUUGCUCUGAGCUGCCAUUACCAAGAAGAGCUUAAUCUGCAUUCUUGUUUAAGCAAAGUUUAAAUGACGGUAGGUAGAAGUAAUCUGGUGUCAGAUCAGAUCUGGAAUUUUAAACAAGAUACUCCUAACCUGUGAACGUGCACGUUUCUUUUCCUGUUUUAAGUUAUAAGCAUUAUAAAGUUUAUUUCAAACUGGCAUAAACAUACCACUUCUGACUAUCAUUAGCAUUAUGAAGAUUCUCAAAUAGUCCAACUGUGCCAUUCAAACACUGCUCUAUCUGAAAGCAGUGUUUAUUUUUGUUGUGUAGAAAAAACAGUAACUCCCCAUCACCAGAACAAACCAUUUAUAAUUUCUAAUAAUGCAAUGAAACUUACUCUAUAAUGGAAAUAUUUUACUGUGUAUAAUAUUUGGAACUACAAGUUUGUGUUACUUGUUUAACUCCCUCUCUUUUGCAAACGAAAAAUUGUAUGUUUUUGUGGGUGAAUGUGUACUGAAGGACAGAAGGUAAGAGAAACAAAAGUAAUAUAUCUGCUUAUUGUUGUGAAAAAAAUGUAUUUGUAUUAAACAAAUGACCCAAAUUA